AUGCAGAAGGAAAAAGAUGCAAAUUCUGAACCUGUUCAGAAUUCUAUUGUUCAUGACAGCCCCCAAGGGGCUGCGCAUAGUGACCCCUUGCCCAUUCUAGUUGAAUCUGACAAUCAGACCCCUAUAGAUGAGCCUUUAAGGAAUAUUUCCAUGGAAAAGUCCAUGCCAAAGGGUCAACCAACCAAGUCAAAUGUUGAGGCACCAGUUGUCAAAAACAGACCCCUACCACCUUUUCCUCAAAGGUUACAAAAACAGAAGCAAGAUAAUCGGUUUAGGAAAUUUUUAGACCUCCUAAAACAGUUGCAUGUCAACAUUCCAUUUGUGGAUGCAUUGGAACAAAUGCCCACUUAUGUGAAACUCAUGAAAGAAAUUAUUUCAAGAAAAAGGAGGCUAGAAGAGUUUGAGACUGUUGCUCUUACACAAGAGAGCAGUCAAUAUCUGCUUAGUAAGAUACCUCCUAAACUAGGAGACCCAGGAAGUUUUACAAUCCUAUGUACCAUAGGAGACCAUUAUAUAGGCAGAGCUUUGUGUGAUGUAGGUGCUAGUAUCAAUUUAAUGCCUCUGAGUGUGUACAAAAAGCUGAAGGUAGGAGAGCCAAAUCCUACCACUGUCACCUUGCAGUUGGCUGAUAGGUCCCUAGUUUAUCCUGAAGGGAAAGUAGAGAAUGUCUUGGUGAAGGUAGAUAAGUUUAUUCUCCCAGCUGAUUUUAUAAUCUUAGACUAUGAGGAAGACCGAGAGGUUCCAAUUAUUUUGGGAAGGGCUUUCUUAGCCACUGGUGGGGCUGUCAUAGAUGUAAAGGAGGGUGAGUUGGCCAUGAAUGUGAAUGUCAAAGAUAAAUUUUUGCGUGAGUCUUCAUUAGACUCUUUACAAAAUUCUGGUUUUGAGGGUCUAGAAAUCAGUCAAACUGAUUCUGAGGAAGUAGUUAAGUGGUUAAAUUCCAGAACUGAUGUGGUUUGGAAAAAUAAAAAAUUUGAGUCUUUGGAAUUAGCAAAGAGAGGGUUAAAACUUCCUAAACCCUCAAUUGAAGAGCCACCUGUAUUAGAACUCAAGCCUCUGCUGAAUCACCUUAG